CGAAAUCAAACAUGGCGAUGGUGGCGCAGCUCUCGAGCUCGGCGCUCGACGGCGGCGGCAUAUGGCUACAUGGACGUAGCCGGCGCUGCACCUCGGGCUCAGCACUCAGUAGACUUUCACGCUCGUAGCGAGCAACAGCGGUCUCUGGGCUGCGCCGAGUGAGACUCGAGUAGAGUAAGACGGAAAGAGAGCGAGAGUGAGAAAGAACGAAGCAUUGCGCGUGCGCGACAAGCAGCGAGUCACGACACACGUAUACGUACGCACACACAGAUAGCAGAGAAAGAGAGCGAAGUAUGAGUGUGGUGAGCGCGGUGCAGCCAAAUGUGGCGGCGCUGCAGAACAUGGAAGCGGAGGAGGAGGAACGAGUCGACAUAACCGAAGAGGAGCUCGUCGAAGAUGAUCCUAAAGCCAGACAAGAAGAAGUUAUGCUUUUGGAUCCUGUGGUCAGUGAGGCGACUGUCAAAAAUGCAAUCAAGCCUGAAGUGCAGGUAACAUUCGAUAACGAGGAGGUCGACGCACAGCUCAGGGCGAUGGCAGUCUCAGCGGAGACCGGCACCGCAAAUGUCAAGACCUCAGCAGCGUGCGCGCACCAGCAGCAGCAGCAGCCGCCCUCCGCUGCUACCUCGACCGGCACGCGAUCUGCCGGCGAAAGCCACGACGACCUCAACAGCAGCAUAGACCGUUUGAAGCCGUUCGUGAGGACGUGCAGCAAGUUCGAGAGCGGGAGUGGGAGUGGCGACCAAGAAGGCAUGGUGACUACCGAAGACGGCAACGACGUCGCCGCAAAAAAGCGGAAAACGCGACGCGGCAAGCCGAAGCAUCGGAAGCUCAAGCCCUACUCGAAGCAGCAGCCUUCUUACCAACAACGUCUACGGAGUCGAGCGAUCGGUCGACCGACCAAGAUCAGUCGCCAGCCUACGGCUCCGUAUAACACCACGCAAUUCCUCAUGGAGGACCACAACGACCUGCCGGACCUCGACGAGAAGAUCGCCGGCGCGGCCACGGGCGCGUCUGCCGCCGCCGCCGCCACCGUGGCCAGCAUAACCGCGGAGGUGCACUCGCACUUUUCCAAGCCGGUCGCACCGCCUCGCACCCGUGACUCCAGCUUCAGCAUCGACUCCGACGAGGACUACUUUUACUCGUCGCCCGAGGACGAAGAGGAAUUUUUGCAGAAAGAAUUCUCCAGCGCCUACGAGGACCUACACGCCGAGCGGUUGGGUGCUCUCAGCAAGGCGCAGCUCAUCCAGGAGUACAUCCAGCUGGAGGCGCGCGUGGACAUGCUAACCAAGCGGCUGCGCAACAAGCAGAGCCAACAGGAGAAGCAACUGCUGCAGGCCGAGACGGUGGAGGUCGAGUCUCGCGACCCAGAGGCGACCAAGGCCAAGCUGUGCCAGCAACGCAUCGACGAGCUGCUGCAGGAGAACGAGCAGCUGCGCCGCGAGGUCGAGCUGUUGCGCAAGCAGCGUCACGGCAGCCCCAUGUCCAGCGUCGACAGCGAGAGCGACAGCGACAGCUCGUGCAGCGCGGCGGGCAGCUCGUGCAGUUGUAAUCAGCACAAGGCCUCGCCGGGCUCUUCGCCUGUGCCGACCUCCUACCAGGCGCACCGCGACAAGCCCACCGGCGGCCGCGCGCGCAACAGCUCCGUCUCCAGCGUAGACAGCGAGAGCGACAGCACCACGGGGGACAGUUCCACCGGCGCCACCAGUCCCAAGCCCGUCGCGACUUCCGACGUCGCCAACGGCCACGCGGCCCACCACCAGAUGGGCGGUCUGCCCACCUAAGGCGCCGCGCUCCCGCCAACCGCGACCUUUGCUCUGCCCAGCGCUUCGCCCAACAAGGCCGGCGCAUCUCGGUCCCGCAACUCGUCCGUCGCUCGCUCUGCUUUACGCUCUUGCGAUGACGAUAUCGGCACGUUGGCCCGGACCUCUCAGGCAUAGCGCGGCAGAGCCGUCUCGGGCACAUCGUGAGCCCUCGUCACGUUGCGAUUCUGACGAUGAUGAUCGGCAGAUAACAAUCUUUGAUGAUUGAUCGAUCGAGGAGAUAUCCCUAUCGUGCUUCAACUUUAGGGCGCGUGGAAAACGAGCGUUUCUUUUUUCCUGCUUUCCAGCACCGGACGUAUAACUUUCGAGAAAGCUCUUCGUGAUAUUUUUUACAAAAUUUAUUUGAAACGAAAAAAAAGCAUUGAAAAAAUUAUAAUAUUCUUUCAAAAUUUCAUUUCGCGAAAAAAAAAAUUGUUAAGUAUUUAUUUUUUGUUUUACAAAUAAAAACUUAUUUAUCAAACCGGAUGUACUUGUGUUUGAUGUAUUGCUUGGUACCGGUAGACGAUCGAGUUUCGCAUUCCUUCGAUAUUAAAAAAUGUUAAGGAUAUAUAAAACAAAAUAAGAGUUAUCUCCGAUUUUAAAAAUGCCCUCCGUUGUCUUUUACUUCUGCCUCUCACCCGCCCCGCUAAGACUGUCAUUGUACAUAAGAACUGUGUAUGUGUGUGUAGGUAUAAACGACGAUGUAGCUUCACACGAAAAUACCUAUGCGCAUCGACGUUGCGGAGCAGUAGGUCGAUUUUUAAACAAGCGAUAUUCGUAUCUACUACUGAAGCUUUACAUACACGCACAUAUACAAAUAUGCAUGUAAUACCGUUGCGUCUUCGCCUAGUCUGACGAAGUCAGCCAGCUCUUGCGUUCAGCUUUUGCGAACUUUUAUUGUGAUUUAUCACAACGACAUUGUGUCACUUGUACACAGCUCAUUUGUAGCUGACUCGCUUUGUUUUUACGCGUACUGCCAUUUCUUCUUGAAUGAUGAACUGUACAUUGCGUUUUUACAUCGUCAGAGACCAACAUACAAAGCUUUACAUUUUUAGUACAUCAAUAAUUUGUUUUUUAAAUACAAGUACCGAAAUGACAAAAUGCCUUUUUUUAAAACAUUCUAAAUUCUUGAUAAAUUUUAUUGGACUUUUUCUACGAAAGUAGUGAUCAAAUGAGCACGUUUGGAAAUACAUUUUGUGUACUAAAAAUAAAAGUGAAUCAAUUCGGUGUUCCAAAUGCACUAUUGAAAAUCUUAUAUUCAAUUGAAAAAAAAAUUUAGAUACCAUUUGCACAAUACAAAUAAAUGCGGAGGCUUGCAGACCAUCAACUAACGCAAGUAUAUACGGGUCCAGUGAAAAAUAAUAAAGAAAUAAAUGAAAUAGCGUUUAUUGGACGCAACGAAUAUUACAUUAAGUAAAGAAAAGUAAAGUAUUAUUGUCGCGAUAAAAAAAUGUGAUGAUUUAAUACAAUAUAACGCUUAAAAAGACUCAUUGUACAAUUGUAUAGACUAGAAUAAGACUAUAUAGGGUUAGUUUAUGGUCUGAAUGAUAGAAACGGGGAGCGCCUUAUAUAUAUGUAUGUAUGUUUAUGUGUGUGUCUAAUGUGUAUAUAUAUAUAUGUAUGUAUGUAUGUAUGUAUAUAUGUAUAUAUACACGCACACGCACACACCCUUUACUUUCGAUAUAACGUAACUUCAAUGAAGCCAAAGGAUGUUCUCUAUUUGUAUGUUUUCCGUUAAGCUCCAUUGAAAAAAAAACUAAACUCCCACCUUCUUUGUCUCUUGUAAACCGAAUAAUAGACCGUUCUUAAAUGGAUAAUGUCAUCGCAUCGGGUCGUCGCACGAUUAACAAAUUUGCUGUUUAGCCUAGACCUACUCUGUAAUACAAUGCAUAACGUGGCAAAGUCAAUGCAAGUUUACGCUUUACUCGUUCAAUGAAUCUCGUCAUUAGCAUUUUUUUAUAUAUGUGUUAUUUAACUUUUUUUGUAUGUACACCUUCGAUGAACGACUUUUGCAGAAAUAUAGCUGCUCUUUACGCAGCCUUAUACAUUGUAAGGAAAUUCGUAAAAUGUUUUUCACGUUGAUGAAACGACAAAGUACGAGGAAAGUGAGACUAGUUGCGUAAGCCUGUAUAGACUUUAAGACAUCGAAUAAAAAUUUUUUUUUGCAAUCAAAAGAAUUGUAGUAGCAACGCUUACAAUGUACUGAGGAAUUCAAGCGAGUCUUCCUCCAGUGAUUUUUCGAGCACAUUAUUUGCCAUUAAUUAUGUACGUUAUGUAUUAUAAUUUUUUAAAAGAAUUAAUGAAUGAAAAAAAUCAUAAGUUAUUAAAUUCUUAUUUUAUUGUUGAUUUUUAAAAUUUUUUUACAAAAACUAAUAACACGAGAAAGUCGUUAAAAAAAAGCAAAGAAUAAAAGAUGAACCGAAUGAUUAUUAAACCUAAUUCUCCUAGUACAUGUUCGAUGAUCUUUACGAUGUCGGACUUGCUCGCUGUGAUAAACAUGUGUGCUUAUAAUUAUUAUGAA